CACUACUAUUACUACAUUUAGGUCUUGAAGUUAAACAGUUGUCACUGAGUAAAGUCACCGACUGUUGGUUAGACUUCACAGUAAGAGAAGCCAGUCUUUAAAAGAAAGCGACAAGAGAAGUUCAUUUCAAAACUUUGGACGCCCACUAUACCAGACUUGGGCUGGCUUUCGCUAACUUGUUCUUUGAUUUAUAAGUAAUUUAUUUAAUGAAAUCCGAAGGAAAAAUCUCCGAACAAAGCAAGAAUCGAAACUCUGCCAAACAGGAGGAGAGGAUAUUAUAUUAACAUAUAUAUAUAUAAUUAUAUAUUUUGUACCUUUUAAUUUUUGGGGGAUUUACCACGUUGCUGAUGUGUUUUUUGUGUCUUAUUAGAUGAAGGGAGUUGUAUAUGCCUCUCUUAGGAUGUGGCGUAAUGUGGCCUUUUUAGUUUUGGUGAUGCCACUGCUGUAUGUCAGUGGCGAUUACAUUGUAAGCAGUUUCCAAAGCUCUAAAAAUGGUUCCACCAUGAAUCAUUAUGUCGUUAAUAAAAAUACCGGCAAAAUCUAUGUUGGUGCCGUUAACAGACUCUUUCAACUUUCUUCCGACUUAAAGGAGGAAAUUAAUGUGUCUACCGGACCAGUAAAGAGCAGUCCGCAGUGUCCACCACAAAAAUAUUCCUGUGAGUCUGGACAAUUUACUGAUACUUACAACAAAGUUCUCGUUGUGAACUAUGCAUCACAGGAACUGAUUGCUUGCUCAACCCAGUUCCAUGGUAUAUGUGAAAAAAGGUACCUUGCCAACAUGUCCAUCAGUAACACCAACAAACCGCUCUCCAACCCGGUUGUUGCUAACAGCCUGAAUGCAACUACUUUUGCUUUUAUUGCACCAGGACCAAGCCAAGGAAAUGGUGUUCAGCCCAACGUAUUGUAUGUUGGUGCAACCAGAACCAAUAUUGGAUUAAGGAUAUACCGCGAUCUAGUGCCAGCCUUCUGUAUUCGCAAUCUCGACAAUUUUGAAAUUGCAUACAAAAGCCCUGUGGAGCAGAGUUCCAAAAAAGAAAUUGAAACCCAACAUAGAGAAACAUUCAAAGUGAACUACAUAUAUGGCUUCAGCUCUGAGAAAUUCAGUUAUAUGUUGACAGUGCAGAAAGCCAAUACCCAAGAUGAGCGUUAUGCUUCGAAGAUCUUCCGGGUUUGCCAAAAUGACAAAAAUUUCUACUCUUAUGCAGAACUAUCCUUCAAGUGUGGAAGCAGCAGGGUGUAUAAUUUAGUGCAAGCUGCCUAUCUUGCUAAAGCAGGCAGCACUUUGGCACAAAAUCUUGGAAUUCCCACUACGGAAGAUGUUCUUUAUGCUGUAUUUUCUCAUGGACAGACUAACAAACUGGAACCACAGCCUCGAUCAGCACUUUGCAUUUAUCCAAUGCGGAUUGUUAGGAAAAUAUUUACCCAAAACAUUCGCCAGUGUUUCAAAGGACUUGGAAAUAUUGGUCCUGAACAUCUUACAAAGUCUACUUUGUGCCAAAAAACGACACUCCAAAUUGAUGACAAUUACUGUGGAACUUUAGAUAUCAACACACCAAUAGCUGGGACUGUACCAGUGGAGGUUCCCAUUACACAGGAUUUCCCUUCGAUAAUAGCUUCUGCUGUAGCUGUAUCGAUAACUUAUGAUUACACUGUGGCUUUCAUUGGAACUACCGUUGGCACCAUCAUCAAAGUGUCCAUUGAGUCAAGCCACUCUGCCAUGCCUUACGAGACUAUUCAUGUGGCCCCUGACCAAAGGAUCUUUCCUGAUCUCUACUUUGAUUUGGAUAAGGAGCAUUUGUACGCCAUGACCCCUAAUAAGCUCAGCAAGGUGCGUGUGGAAGAUUGCAGUCGCUAUACAAGCUGCAGUGAUUGCAUUGGAGUCAAAGAUCCUUACUGUGGCUGGUGUACUUUAGAAAACAAAUGCUCCCUGCGAGCCGAGUGUAAAGAGGCUGACCAAGACCUUCGGUGGUUGCCAUAUACUGGACAGAACUGCUCGGCGAUCACCAGUCACUCACCAUCUCAAGUGCAGAUCAGGAAACUUGCGCAAAAAACUGUCAAAAUCACUCUGCAAGUGAUGAAUCUUCCUCAGGUGAGGGGCCAGUACGAGUGCGCCUUCUCUGCUUACGGCCGCAACCACACAUUGACUACAAAUGCUCAGAAGGCCCGCGACCAGGUGAUCUGUCGCACACCCAUCAGUAGUAAACUCCCUCCAAUUCCAACUGGCAAAGAUCAUAUCGUGAUGAAGCUGUCUGUUAGAGUUGGUGGCAAGGAUUUCGUCUCUGUAAACUUUACGUUCUUUGACUGCAACGUGCACUCAUCUUGCAUGCAUUGUAUCCAGAGCAAGUUUCCUUGUAAUUGGUGCAUCAAAGAACAUUUAUGCACCACAAACAAGACGAAAAACAGUUCAGACAUUGUUCUUGGAAAUGCUUAUACCGGAUCAAAAUUAUGUCCACGGAUUGAAUAUGAUUCGGCUGUCAUACCUGUUGCCUCUGGCACUGAAAAAAGCGUUUCCUUGAAGGCAAUGAACUUAAAAGAUUUCCAAACAGAUAUCAAAUGUAAAUUCAAACUGAACCAAGACGUGAAAGUACAUGCCACUAAAACAAGCACAGACAGAAUCAUUUGCGAUCCAGUCUCAUUUUCAUAUGAGCCAGAUGUUCCCUACCGAAAUGUGCCAUUUGAGAUUACAUGGGGCCCCAACGAAAGACCUUUGGAUAACCUAGGAAGUAUACAAGUUAAAAUGUACAAAUGUGAAUCGAUGGCUACAAGCUGUGGUAUUUGCUUAACCAUGGACAAGAUAUACAGAUGUGGCUGGUGUGAGAACAAGUGCAGUAUCCGGUCACAGUGCACUGAUUACCCUUGGUUUCCUAGCUCCGAGAUUUGUCGCAAUGUGAAAAUAACUGAGUUUCAUCCAUCGAAAGGUCCAAAAGAAGGUGGAACCCUUUUGACAAUUAGAGGAGAAAAUCUUGGUAAAACAUUUUCAGACAUCAAAAAGGGAGUAACUGUGGUUGGAGCACACUGCGAACCUAUAGAAUCAGAGUAUGUUCCUGCUCAAAAGAUUGUUUGCAGGACAGGACGUUCUUCAAAAAAGAGUGGCGCCGUCCGCGUUGUUGUGGCAACAUUUGCAUCAGCCAUGUCGGAUUACUUUUAUCAAUAUGUGGUACCAGAAAUUAAUGGACUGGAGCCAACAAUGGGACCCAAAGAUGGUGGCACGAGAGUCACUGUCAAAGGUGAUCAUCUUGAUGCUGGAUACGAAAAGUCUAUCACGAUCGCAGGUUUGCCAUGCAGGAUUGAACGCGUUGAACGCCGUGAACUAGUUUGCAUCACACAGUAUGCAGACAGGUUGAUGCGAGGUAUGGUAAACAUGACCAUAGACCAGACUGUCAUCAACUCCAACAAUGUUGAUUACUCUUAUGUGGGUAAUCCAAAAGUCUCGGAUAUCGUACCAAAGAAAAGUGUUUGCGGUGGUGGUAUACCUAUGAAUGUGUAUGGACAAAACUUCAGCAUCAUUCAACAGCCACAAAUGAUUGUUUGGGUUCACAAUAAAGAAUACCGAGGGGAUUGCAGUCAGAUGAGAGAUUCCCAUUUGAUUUGUUACUUCCCAAAUAUCACGGAACCAGUCACCAGUGGUAACAUUGAUCUUCCACAAAGAUUCUCCUAUGGUUUCCACAUGGACAAUGUUACCAACCUACUGAACCUAACAGAUUAUCUUGGCACUGUUGAAGUACAGGAUAACCCUGUCUUCUCAAAGUUCACUGAGAAAGUGAAAUCUCAUCUCUACACCAAUGAGUACCUCACUAUCAAUGGACAGAACCUUAACAAAGCAGUAGAUGAGGCACAUGUCAGUGUCCGCAUAGGUAUGGGCCGCUGCAAUGUGACCUCUAUAGCUUCAUCGCAACUGACUUGCCAGCCACCCAAAGUUCAGCCAGAAGCCAUGACAGAUAGCGAUUAUCCCGAAGUCAUUGUUCGAGUUGGUCGUAAUCUGACCUAUCAUAUUGGUUUCCUGCGCUAUGAAGAACCCGAAGGAACAUCACUACAUAUGGUGAUUGGCUUAGCUGUGGGUGGUGCCGUGCUCUUGUUGAUUGUAAUUAUUGUUGUUAUUGCUUACCGCGUCAAAUCAAAACAGAGCAACACCAUGAAGAAGCAGUUACAUGAGCAAAUGGACCAGUUGGAGUUAAAAGUCGCCCAAGAAUGUAAAGAAGCAUUUGCUGAGCUACAAACUGACAUGACAGAGUUGAAUAAUGAUAUGAGCGGCCAAGUAUCAAUUCCUUUCUGGGAUUACCGAACUUAUUGCAUGAAAGUCCUCUUCCCAGGUGAUAAGGACCAUCCUGUUACUAAGUAUCAGCCCAACUCAUCCAAUCUAAACAGCAAGCCUCUUCAGCUUUUCAUGCAGUUGAUAAAGAAUGCAACAUUCUUGUUAACGUUUAUACGCACUUUAGAGGCACACCAGUCAUUCACAAUGCGGGAUCGAGUCAAAGUUGCAUCUUUGAUCUCUGUUACUUUGCAAUCAGACAUGGUUUACGCCACCAGCAUUCUAAAGACAUUGCUGGAGGAUUUAAUAAAGCGUUCCAUUGAAGGCAAUAAUCACCCCAAAUUACUGCUCCGAAGGACUGAAUCAGUAGCAGAAAAAAUGCUUAGCAAUUGGUUUACAUUUUUACUUUAUCGGUUCCUCCAGGACUGUGCCGGAAAACCUUUAUUUUUGCUGUUCCAAGCAAUCAAGCAUCAGGUAUCAAAAGGCCCCGUUGAUGCUAUCUCCAGUGAAGCUAAGUACUCCCUGAGUGAAGACAAACUGAUUCGUCAGCAGAUAGAUUUCCGCACGCUGACAAUAAAUGUGUGUGACACAGAGCAGUUUAGCCAACCAUAUGUUCCAGUCAAAGUCCUCGACUGUGACACCAUCACACAUGUCAAGGAGAAAAUCAUGGAUGCCAUCUACAAGAAUGCUCCAUUUAGUAGACGGCCGCCUAUAGAGAGCUUAGACCUUGUCUUAUUUGCUCAACCUCCAGAAUGGCGUUCAACCCCCAACGAGAUCCUCAUCCUCAAUGAUGAAGACAGCACCUCAAAGAUCGAGGGUGACCUCAAACGACUCAAUUCACUCGCGCACUACAAGGUCAAUGAUGGCGCUUAUAUGGCACUUAGGAAGAAACAAACUCCUGUAAACACUGGACCCCCUCUACAAGAAAAACCAACCUUUUAUAAAUAUGAACGUUUAAUUUCAGAAAAUUCUCUCUACACCCGUAGCCCAUCUUUAGGUCGUACUGUCAAUUCUAGUGGUAUACCUAAUGAUGGAGAAAACAAUAUACGCAAAUAUCAUUUGGUAAAACAACAUGAUUCACCAACACAUAGAGAGGGAGAUCGAGGAAGCAAAAUGGUCAGUGAAAUUUAUCUCACAAGACUGCUAACAACUAAGGGUACUCUUCAACAAUAUGUUGAUGAUUUGUUUGAACGAAUAUUUAGUACCACCCAUCGUGGUCAAGUAUUACCCCUAGCCAUAAAAUAUAUUUUUGACUUCCUUGAUGAGCAAGCUCAGCUCCAUAACAUUGAGCCUGAAGUUGUACACACAUGGAAAUCCAACAGCCUUCCUUUGCGAUUCUGGGUAAAUAUUAUAAAAAAUCCCAACUUUGUCUUCGAUAUCCACAAAUCUCAUAUCGUCGACUCCUGCCUAUCGGUGACUGCCCAGACGUUCAUGGACAGCUGUUCAAUGAGUGAGCACCGGUUAGGAAAAGAUUCUCCUUCCAGCAAGCUGCUAUACGCCAAAGAUAUUCCUAAAUAUAAGGCAUGGGUAGAUCGUUAUUAUGAAGACAUCAAAUCUAUCAUACCAAUAUCAGAUCAAGACAUGAAUUCCAUGUUACAAGAAGAAUCACGAAUACAUUGCCAUGAGUUCAACACAGAAGCAGCAUUGAAUGAAUUGUACAAAUAUGUUGACAGUUAUAGUUGUAAGGUAUGCUGUGUCUUUAUCUCUGUCUCUUUGCAAUCAUGUCCGAGAAACAUUACAUGGUAAUGCCAUGGCAUUAACCUUCCAGC